UGAGGCUGCCAAAGCGAUGGGCGCCGUCAUGGGAGCCGGGCGGGCGGUGGGACUGCUGCUGCUGCCGCUGCCGGUUAUGCUACUGACGAUGCCUGGAGCCCAAGCGAACUGUGGGGAGACAGAGUACUCCCAUCAAGGUCUCUGCUGUGUAUUUUGUGAAGCAGGUACUUUUGUUGCUGAUCACUGCAAUGCUUCACAUUUAAGAGGAAAAUGUGACCCUUGCAAAGAAGGAAAAGACUUUACUCCCCAUGCAAACAGCUUGGAGGAAUGCUUGCCUUGCAGACAGUGCAAAGAGGAUCAGAUAACACUGAGAUCCUGUACUCUGACACAGAAUGCUGAAUGCCAGUGCAAACAAGGGUAUUUCUGUGCUGAUGAGGGCUGUGAAAGAUGUCAGAGAAACAGUGAAAUGCAUCCGGAUGGGAAAGAGGUUGUGCCGAAUUCCACUGAUGCUACAGACCCAAGCUUGCCCAAUCAAGGGCAAGGAGCUCUUGUUUGGGUUAUUCUGGUGUUUCUGUUUGGUUUGGUUCUGCUAAUUGCUGUUAUUAUAAAGCUGAAGUGUAAUAAAGCUGCCUCAACUGGUGAAGAUGCAGAGGGAGGUCUGGUCCAUAAGUGGCUCAAAUAUGUGAAACAUCCCACAUUUUUUGUUGGGUUGAGUCUCCUCUCACCCUGGCCAGAUUUGCAGCACUUCAUCCAUUUGUAGAAGCUGAUGAAGAAACAUGAAAAAAAAAACUGGUCAAAAUGCUGUAGCAUAGGAAUAGGCAAAUAUAAUAUUUCUUUAAUUUGAAUAAAAUGGUUGUAGAAUGAUGCAGUUACAAA